UGAUCACCCGCUGACCUCUCUGGCACACGGAGCAAAGUCCCUUUGCUGGAGCCGAGCGCCCGGCCGCCCUGGGGAGCAGGGAGACCCUCGCUGCCCCAUGGACCCCAGCCCCGGGUGGCUUCCCGGGGGGCUUGUGGCUGCUGGGAGCCGAGCAUGUUUCAGACCUUGUACAGCUAUUUCUGGUGGGAACGGCUCUGGCUCCCGGCGAACCUCACCUGGGCCGACCUGGAGGAUCGCGAUGGGCGAGUGUACGCCAAAGCCUCUGACCUCUACAUCACCAUCCCCUUGGCCUUCCUCUUCCUCAUCGUCCGGCACCUCUUUGAGACGUAUGUGGCCACCCCACUGGCUGGGCUGCUGAAUGUCAAGGAGAAGAUCAGGUUAAAAGCCACCCCCAAUGCCGUGCUGGAGAAGUUCUAUGCUGCCACCACCAAACACCCCAAGCAGGCCGAUGUGGAAAUGCUCUCCAAGAAGAGUGGCUGCACAGUGCGGCAGGUGGAACGCUGGUUUCGGCGCCGCCGCAAUCAGGACCGGCCCAGCCUGCUCAAGAAGUUCAGGGAGGCCAGUUGGCGAUUCACGUUUUACCUUAUUGCUUUCAUUGCUGGCAUGGCUGUCAUAGUGGAUAAGCCCUGGUUCUAUGAUCUCCGGGAGGUGUGGAAAGGAUACCCCAUCCAGAGCAUGCUGCCCUCCCAGUACUGGUACUACAUGAUCGAGCUUUCCUUCUACUGGUCCCUGCUCUUCAGCAUUGCUUCUGAUGUCAAGCGCAAGGACUUCAAAGAGCAGAUCAUCCACCAUGUUGCCACCAUCAUCCUCAUCAGCUUCUCCUGGUUUGCCAACUACAUCCGCGCAGGAACGCUCAUCAUGGCCCUGCACGACUCUUCCGACUACUUGCUGGAGUCUGCCAAGAUGUUCAACUAUGCUGGCUGGAGGAACACGUGCAACAACAUCUUCAUUGUCUUCGCUGCUGUCUUCAUUGUCACCCGCCUGGUUAUCCUGCCCUUUUGGAUCAUGCACUGCACAGUGGUUUAUCCACUGGAUCUCUACCCUGCCUUCUUCGGCUACUACUUCUUCAACUUCAUGAUGGCGGUGCUGCAGUCGCUGCAUAUCUUCUGGGCCUACCUCAUCAUCCGCAUGGCCCAGAAGUUCAUAACUGGAAAGGUGGUGGAAGAUGAGAGGAGUGACCGCGAAGAGACAGACAACUCGGAGGAGGAGGACGAGGUGGCAAAGAAUGGGCCCCUGUCCAACGGCCACCCGGUCCUCAACAACAAUCACCGCAAAAAUGACUGAGCACCCUCGCCCCGUGUCUGCACUGGCAGGGGCGGCUGGGGGCCCUGCCGGAGGCCAAACCCGUGAGAUGUUAAAUCCCAUCACGCCACCCUCACGUAGCACCAGGGGCCCUGUCCCCUUCAUCCUCUCCCCUCCCUGGUCCGGCAGAGCGAACUGGGACCCUGGAGAGCCCAUCUCGGCCUCCAGCUCCCUCCGUCGCCUCCUCCGGAGGGGCUGCAGCUCUGGGGGUGGCAGCGGUCGCUGCUUCUCCGUGUCACACUCACCCUCGAUUCCCUUUCUGCCUUUUACCUGCUGCCUUAAUCUGCCGUGAUGCCCCGGGGCAGGCAGAGUGCAGACAGCUCCCUCUCCAGCUGCCAGCACCCCUCUGGGAUGGCUCCUUCCCCUCCCUGCAGCCCUGCGGAGUGGCUGUGAGAGCCCAGCUCCAGCUCUGUGCAGAGCUCGAGCCCUGCCCCACGUUCGUCCCCGGUUUCUGACCAUCCCCCUCGCUGGAGGGGAGUGUGUUCUGCAGCUGGCAUUUGUGCCUCUUCCCGGUGUGCAGCCGGGCCAGCUCUGCCUGCAGGGAUGGGUUUGGGCUCUGCGGGGAAAGGUUCUUGCCCUGGUGCCAACCCUGUGAGAACAGUUGGGAAAAGCCCCCCCGUGCCCGGCUUUGCUGCUGGCACCAAGCGAGGGAGGAUCAAGGUGGGGGGGUUGGUGGAGAAGUGGGCACAGACCCUGCUCUGCCCCCCUCGGAGAUCUCUGAGGAAGGAGCAGAUGAAGUAGUCCUGGGUAUUUCAGCGGCUGAAUUGUUCGACAACACUACGGAGUGCUCGGGAAGGAAGCCGUAGGGUUUAGUCACUACUAGUGCCUCGCAGAGGAUUUUAAUCCGCUCAUUUCUCUUCUGUAAAUGGGUUUCAAUUGCAGAGUCUGUCCCUCUCUGUGGCCUCUCCUGGUCCCUUCCCCAGCUGUAACAGGACAAAUUUAUGAUUGAUUUUUGUUUCUAUUUAUUUGGAAGAUGGAAGGAGCCAGUCCUGGCUCUGCCUCACGCAUCCACGUGUCUGCUGGGCGCAGUGCUGGAUGCAGCAAGACCUCCCAGCACGGAGGGGUGGGGGAAAAGGACCAUUAACCAACAUCAGACCAAAAUGUGUUUUGUUGUUUCUUUUUUUUUUUUUUUUUAAAAAAAAAAAAUAAAAAAAGUUAAAUAUAUUAAAAGUUAAAAACUAAUAAACUUC